CACAAAGCUAAAGGAGUGAGAAAGGAGGAGAGAAACACUGUAACAGGAUGCACUGGCAGGCAAGAAAUAAUCCCCAUGAUCACAGCUAAGGAUAGCAGUAGGAUGGAUGGAGUGAAAGAGCUGCCUGAGCCAUGAAAGCAGGAGCCAACAUGAAGAUUGCUAAGAAGACUGUGUGUGUUUUUGUACUGCUUACCAUCAGCAAGGCUGCAAGAACAGCAGGGCUUGAAACAGUGUCAGUGACAGUAGGUAACAGCUUCAUGCUUGCCUGCCCUCCUAAUUCAAAUAUAAUUAUGGUUACAUGGAAAAUAAACCACAAGGUUGGAGGUGCCUGCACCUUGGGGUAUAGGGCUGAUCAGAACAAGAUAGACAGAACAAACUGCAGUGGCAGCAUCACCUGGAAACCCAGAUCAGAUCAGGAUCCUGCCCUUGAGAUACAGCAAGUGGAAGUAACCCAUGAAGGAAAAUACAUCUGUGAAGUUGUAACAACGGAUGGGAAUUUCGACAAGCAGUACCACCUGACUGUGCUGGUCCCUCCCACGCUGACCCUCUCCUGUGAAGGUGAAGGGAACGCUGUAUGUGAGGCAGCAGCAGGGAAGCCAGCUGCUCAAAUCUCCUGGGUCCCAGGGAGCAACUCCAGCCUCGAGACAAAAAGCCAUGAUAAUGGGACAGUGACUGUUCUCAGCAGGUUCACAGCAGACAGCACCAAUGUGACUAAUACAACCUGCAUUGUGUCCCACCUAGCUGGGAACCAAAGCAAGUCCAUAACCUGUCAUCCCUCAAACAACAGCAGCAAUAACCUGCACAUCUACAUCACUCUCUGUUUCCUGAGCAUUAUCACCCUCCUGGCUGUCAUUUACUAUUUUAAGCUCCAUAGUGACAGACUGUGCCACAAAACUGAGCCUCAUGAAGCAGAUCCUGUGGAUUUCCCAGAGGAUGACACAAUGGAAGUGGAACCUUAUACUACUUACGUGCAGAAGGAAAACACAAUUUACAGCUCAGUGUCCGAUGUGACAUUGGGGAAGAAUCUUCCACAACGAACUAUUGCCAGCAACGUGAAUGAUUCAACAACGCUGGAAAGGGAGAGAGACACUUUGUAAGAGACCUGUUAGAGAAAGAGACUUCUCAGAGAAUUUCUUCCAAUUUUGGGACAACAUAGCUCUGCUGUCUGUUCAAACACCUCUGCUUGCUGAUGAGUCUGAAUAGUUCUUAUUUUUAUCCUGUUUUGCCUUCUUCCUUGGGAAAGGAAACGAAUUUUCUGUUAUCCCUUGGGGAAACGUGCUGACCUCAUGCCAUAGUUUUUCCUGGAAAAGCUGUCGUGAUCAAUCUUAUAUUUGCUGUUCUUUCCUCAGAGAUCCUACUUUAGUUAGUCGCUUCCAGACAUUAGUUUGAUGCACUUGACACUAUGUUGCACACAUUUGAGAGGUGAGAGCUGUGUUAGGUCUCAACCAUAAUGAAACUCACUUCAAGCAGCAGCCACUUUUGUCUAAUUCACAAAUUGCUAACAUAACGGCCAGAGUACUGACAUCACAAAGUAGCUCAAAUGGAAGAAGAUAUUGGAAGGGAAAACCUUUAAUGCCCCAGUUCUGAAAAUGGAAAGGAGUGAUGAAUUUAGGUCAUCCACUAAGAAAGACUUCCCCAGCAUGAUUAGAAUCAUAGAAUCAUAGAAUCAACCAGGUUGGAAGAGACCUCCAAGAUCAUCCAGUCCAACCUAGCACCCAGCCCUAUCCAGUC